UUUAAUAACAUAUAAAUAAUUAUAAUAACAUAUAAAUUUUUUUAUAGCAAUCUGGAAGUUUUAACACAAAAGAAAAUGACAAGUUUUGAAACAAAAACAGAACUUCAAAGCAUGCAAUCAGAAAUUGAAAAAAUAAAUCCAAUUGAUUUAUUUACUAUAAAUGAAGUAUUGGAUUCCAUUCAGAUAUAUGACUCAACUGUUGAAGUAAUUGGUUAUAUCGAUGGGAUAGAGUCUCCUCGUAUCGUAGGUAACAAACAGCAAUACAAAUUUUUCAAAUUCCACCUUAAUAAUGAAAAUGGAAGAAAAAUUCAAAUAGUUGCUUGGAAUGACGACAUAGAUCAGAUAUUGCCUCUCAUAAUACCAAAUCAUAUCAUUCAUUUGGAUGGAGUUCAAGCAAGAAUUCCAAAAAUGGCUAAUUUUAAUCAUGGAAAUCUUCCUUACGAAUUAUUAAUCCGUAGUAACGCAAUUAUUUCAAAUUUGGGAAAGUACGAACCGAGUCAAACGUUCAAAGAAGCAAUUCCAGUGAAAUUAAAUGAGAUUUUCAAUACUUCUGAACGCGUCUGUGAAUUGUUAUGUUAUAUCUAUAUUUAA